GGCGGGGCGGAGGCGCGGGCAGCGGCGCGGAAGCGGAAGGCGGUGUCGCCAUGGUAGCGCGGAAGCGGAAGGCGCGGGCGAUGGCGGCGGGCGGCGCGGCGCUGUGGCGGCGGCUCUCGGCCUGGCUGCCGCGGGGCCGCCUCGGCCUGGCCGCGCUGCUCGGCCGCCUCUCCGACCGCCUCUCCCGCGGUCGCGACCGCCGCGCCCGCAGAUCAUCAUGGCUCCUUCUAGCCCCACUACUCACCCCUCCUGUUCCAGUGAUCACAGCCCCACCAUGUUCCCUCUGUCCAGAAGGAGCACACAGGUUCCAGUGGAUCAGGAAUCUGGUCCCAGAGUUUGGGAUCUCCAGCUCGCAUGUCAAGGUGCUUUCAUCCCCGGCAGAAUUCUAUGAGCUCCUGAAGGUGCAGAUAAAAGCAGCCAAGCGGCGGGUGGUGAUGGCCUCACUGUACCUGGGAACAGGACUCCUUGAGCAGGAGCUGGUGUAUUGCUUAGAAGAAACACUGGAGAAAUCGCUGCAAGCAAAAGGCUCACCUGACCUCAGAGUUUCCAUUCUCCUCGACUACACCAGGGGUUCCCGGGGCAGGAAGAAUUCUCGAACAAUGCUGAUCCCGUUGCUGCAGCGAUUUCCCGAGCAGGUCCGCGUGUCCCUCUUCCACACCCCAAACCUGCGUGGACUGCUCCGGCUCCUGAUUCCAGAGCGUUUCAACGAGACCAUUGGGCUGCAGCACAUCAAGGUCUAUCUCUUCGAUGACAACGUGAUCCUGAGCGGUGCAAACCUGAGUGAUCUGUACUUCACCAAUCGUCAGGACCGCUACGUCCUGCUGCGGGACUCUCCCGAGAUCGCAGACUUCUUCACGGAGCUCGUGGAUGCAAUUGGGGAUGUGUCCCUGCAGUUACAGCAGGACGAUACAGUCCAGAUGAUGGAGGGAAUGGUACACCCAUACCAAGGAGACAAAGUGGCUUACUGUGAGAUUGCCAACCGGAGGGUCAUGGAGGUCAUCAACUCUGCCCGCACACGGCAGGAGCUCCUUCAUGCAAAGACUUUCCACAGCAGCCAGCCAGGCAGCUCCCUCUUAUCCCAGCAAGGCUCUCAAGCAUCUGGGAGUCUGAAACCAGAACCUGACACCUGGAUCUAUCCCUUAAUCCAAAUGAAACCUUUUGGGAUUCAAAUAGAUGAGAUGGUCACAGAGACACUGCUGACAGAGGCUGAGCGGGAUGCCAGGAUAUACCUCACCACUGGCUACUUCAACUUGACACAGGCCUACAUGGACCUCAUCCUGGGCACAAGGGCCGAGUACCGGAUCCUCCUGGCCUCGCCAGAGGUCAAUGGGUUUUUUGGUGCCAAAGGGGUGGCAGGUGCCAUCCCUGCUGCCUACGUUUACAUUGAACGUCAGUUUUACAGUGAGGUCUGCUGCCUGCAGCAGCAGGAGAGGGUGCAGCUGCAGGAGUACUCCCGUGCUGGGUGGACGUUCCAUGCCAAAGGCCUCUGGCUGUACCUGGCAGGGAGUGACCUGCCCUGCCUGACUCUGAUUGGCUCUCCAAAUUUCGGAUAUCGAUCAGUUCAUCGUGACUUGGAAGCUCAGGUUGCAAUAGUGACAGAAAAUAAAGCCUUGCAGCAGCAGCUGCAUCAGGAGCAAGAGCAGCUUUACCUCUGCUCAAGUGUGGUCUCAACAUCAACGUUUGAGCAGCCAAGCCGUUAUGUGAAAUUGUGGGUGAAGCUGGUGACACCUUUGAUCAAGAAUUUCUUUUGAAAGGAGAAAAGUUGCUGCUUUGGGUUGAAGGUCCAGACGUAGGUGGGCCCUCUCGUCCGUGUCUUGUAGACGGGGCAUUCGUAGACGUUGACGGUGUCCAUGCGGUCCACGGGGAUGGCUCUGAGCAGGAUCACCGGCAUCUCGGGCGUCAGCUCCUUCAUGCGCGAGUCCGCGAUGGAGCCCGAGGGCACGUCCCAGCGCGCACCUGCAGCGACAGCGACAGCUGUGACAGCCCUCGGGGACCCUGCCACCCCAGGCUGCUCCCCGAGGGCCCUUCCUCACAGCUACGCACAGCUGGGGGCUCCGAGGUUAAGGUUGGGUGGAGUGGCUCAAUGGUGGUUAGGUCUGACAUGUUCUCAUCUCACUGUGACCCACGACUGCAUUUGCCUUACUGUGUGUGGGAUGUCUGAAUAAAUUCUGUCCCCAGCCCUCCCUUCAA